UCCAUAGCAAAACGAAGGCUAAACAUCGGUGUUGGUCUGGGCUUACUCUUUGUAGUCUCUCGCCUAUUUUAUACACGUUAAAUGUACCUGACACACAAUGUAAUCCCGACAAUUCAAUGAUCUCUGUUAUACGUGUUGGUGUCUUACAUCAUUUUGACGCUGUUGCUUUUCUCUCAUUCAAAUUUUUUACCGACAUCGAUUAGUGAACGUGCACUGCAUGCUGGUGAUCAGGCUGAGAGCUCCCUUUUAUACCAUUGCCAGCAGAUAACCAGUGGUCAUAUUGUACAGCCUAUAGUACUGUAGGUCAGUCCAUGGUACUUGACCACAUGAUGGACUGAGUGUUUUAGCCGACGGCUUGCUGCUUACUUCAUAGUUUAGAGGGCGGAGAGAGGUCUACUAUCUGGACGAUAAAUACGGACGGUAUUAAUUGUGGUGGACACCAAUGAUAGACAGGGUGUUGUCAUACUGGCGAGAAUCACCGCGGAGGUUACAGGUCUGAGUAUCUGCCAACAUCUGUGAUGUCUGAACAAGACGAAUAACACACAUUCUAGUAACAAGUCCUAGAUCACAACUAUGGAUACGGAGACUGGAAUAGAGACCCCUACGGAACAGGGUUAUUAUGCGACGAUGAAUCCCUCUCUGAUGAAUGCCAGUGUUCCGACGGACGGAAGUAGUACCAUUGGUCAUACUCCAUUACAAGUUCCAGUUUAUCUCCAGGCUAUCCUUAUUACCAUGUACUCGGCAAUCAUAAUUCUGUCAGUCGGAGGGAAUUUGACAGUGUGUUUCAUUGUGUUUAGGGCAAGGCGCAUGCGCACUGUGAUGAAUUUUUUCAUAGUGAGUCUUGCUAUGAGUGAUCUCCUGAUGGCCCUUUUGUGCAUCCCUUUUACGUUUGUUGCUAACCUCGUUUUGAAUUACUGGCCUUUUGGUGACCUGUUGUGUCCCAUCGUCACAUUCCUUCAGUCCGUAACGGUCUUCCUCAGCUCUUUUACCCUCGUUGCUAUCAGUAUGGAUCGUUAUAUCGCAAUUAUUUACCCUCUUCGCCAAAAAAUGUCCAAAAAACAGGCGUUUAUCGUAAUCGCUUUGAUAUGGUUCAUAUCAUUCUUAAUACCGAUACCCACGGCAUUGUUUUCUUGGACGCACAAAUACGUCAACGUUUCAACAGCCCCGAAAUUCUGCCAGGAAAUGUUUGCGAAUCCUGAAGAUAAACGUUUGUACGGAACAAUGAUAAUGCUAUUACAGUACUUUCUUCCCUUAAUUAUUCUGAUGUUUACCUAUGGCCGGAUCAGCGCUGUCAUGUGGAUAGACAGAACACCGGGAGAGGCCAUGACCACGCGCGAUCAGCGCAUGACCGAGUCCAAGCGGAAGAUUAUUAAGAUGAUGAUAACGGUUGUGGUUAUCUACGCGAUAUGCUGGCUUCCCCUCCACGUACUCAACAUAGCUGGUGACGUAGAUCCCAGCAUAUAUGACAUCAAAGGCAUGAACUACAUAUGGAUGACGUCACACUGGCUCGCUAUGAGCAACUGUAUGUAUAAUCCAUUUAUAUACUGUUGGAUGAACGCCAAAUUCCGGAAUGGAUUUCUGAAAGUGUUAAACUGUUUUACCUGCGGAUUGGUAAAUGUGACUGACGAAAUUGAAAUGCAGCGAAUGAGAAGACAGGACACAUUAACAGUGACCACUUCCGUCUCUGUGAACGGAAGUUUGAGAAGGUUCAAUUCAUCAAAACGGAAAGAAGCAGCUACAUAUAACGCAGAUUAUACAUCGAUAGUGGAAAAACGAUGACGCAUGGAAACCUCGAAUUCUAGUGUUGUGUGUACAGAUAUUAUAAAGGUACAGAGUAAACUCGAGAGUUGCUCUAACUCACAAUUUUCAGAUGAUAUAACGUCCGAUAUGUGAUGACAACCAGGUACAUUUGCCCGGCUGUGAAGGACGUUCGUUGUUUACGUAUUUUGGGUUUAUAUAAUAACGACAAUGAAAUGAAGAAAGGAGACUUCUUUAUAUAUAAAGUGAUACAUAUGUCAUUAGAUUGUUUGUAUACAACUUGGAUUAAAUACCGCCUGUAUUCGAAAGGAGCCUGGCUGUCAGAGUACUGGGAAAAAAACACGAAAACAGAGUCGUACUCGAGUUAUUAUUUUCUCAUAUAGAAAUUCACUCGCUACGAUAAUAGGUGAAUAUAGCCACUGAUAUAUUUUGCGUAUGGAUUCCUUUAACAUGAGCUAUUGAAUGAUAUCAUAUCAUAUUGGUACUAUUAUGACGUCACAUAAUUCCAGAUUAUACUAUGACGUCAAACCUGGGACAAUAAAUAUAAAUAUCUCAUAGGAAUGGAUGAAACCGCGCUUGUGUGUGUGUGUAAAUGUGUUCGUACAUUACCAUGGAAUUUCAUAUAAAUAUAUCAUACAUGAGAGAUUUAACUGUUACGGCCGAGGGAAACAAACAUCUACAAUAAUGUGACAUACUUAGUAAUAUCGAAUAUUGAUAGCCAGUAUAUAGUUACAUUGUAUAUAAACGUAAUCAUAUAUUCUGGGGAAAUGAUAUGUGAUGUAAUUUUAACGCAAUAAAAACGUUGAAUAUA